AUGGAUCAUUCGCAUAUGGACCACAGCAUGCACGAUAUAGGGAUGGAUAUGGGAGGAGAUAGAUGCAACAUGAAUAUGCUCUUCACCUGGGACACAACCAACCUCUGCAUCAUCUUCCGUUGGUGGCACAUCCGCUCCACUUUCUCUCUCAUUAUCUCCCUCCUCGGCGUCGUCGCCAUCACUGCCGGCUACGAAGGCAUUCGUUCCCUAACCCGUCGCUAUGAAGCUUGGGUCGAGAAACAACAAGGUUCUAUAACACUGGAUGAUGUUACUGAAAAUGCGCCUUUUCUCUGGGCAGGACGCAAUCAAGAAGAAGUGGGACGGAGAGCACACGUUGUUAAGGCUGCAUUAUACGCUUUUCAGUAUUUCUAUGCGUUUAUGUUGAUGUUACUUUUUAUGACAUAUAACGGAUGGGUUAUGUUUGCAGUAGGAGUGGGUGCAUUUGUAGGAUUUUUGAUAUUCGGGAAGAAUACUUCGGCUUCGAAGGAAGGUGCAUGUCACUAA